AUGUCCAGUGAACAGCUCGACAGCGGAGCUGGUAGCAGCAGCAUCCCAACCCCUCUCCGCAAGGAGAAGAAGCGUGUGGGAUGGCAUGCCUCCAGUGAUAGCGGAGGUAGUGCCCGCGGAGGAGCGGGCUCCUCUCAACCUCCUCCCCCCCCCGAUGCGAAGGACUACUUUGAGUCACCCGCACCAUCUCCGAGGCCGCCAGAGGCUGGUUCCGUUCCGCCCGGCGCCCCCGAUGCUCAGGAACUGAGCCGUGCCCUCUCCAAGAUCCUCACCAACUCACCCGAAGUCGGAGGCGACGGCCAGGCCAUGCAGCUCCAGCCCCUCCCCAGCACUUCUCACCAGGAGACUCGCCACAAGCAGGGCAGCAAUCGCAACAGCAGCUAUCAGAGCCCCCGCCUCCUGCCCACCGAUCAGGACGCGAACCUGCACCUCGGCGUCUCUCGCCCGAGGCCGGCUCUCCGCAGGAAUACCAGCUACGACGGUCCCCAGGCCCGCGAGGAGGCCGACAGGGCAGAGCAGCAGGUCAAUGAGCGAACUCUGCGAUCCAUGACGGAUGCUCGAAACAGGGCUGACCAGCUGGCCCUGUCAUUGGGCAGUCUGGGCAGUCGCUCUGCCCCAGGUUCUAGGAGGAACUCUGACGACAUGGACGCCUCAUUCCAGAGCUUGGUCGGUGACUCAGGCGGUCUCCACCCCCUUCGCGGCAGAGCUCCCCGCCCCGCAGUCGUCGUCGAGGACUAUGACGGUGCGAGGGACGCGGCAGCUCCCUCGAGGAAUUCAGGUGCCGCUGCCCCAUGGCCUGACCGUGGCCGCAGAGGAGGCACUCGCUCUGGCGCCACGACUGUCUCUCCCGGCGUGUCGGCCACCCACAAGCUCCGUCAACGCGUGCGCCGUCGUAUGUCAUAUGCCGAUGACGACCAGGACUCCUUCCCUCUUGAUGACCACGACGGCCAGCACCAUAACCACCACGGCAUGGCUGCCAGCCAGCAUGUCCACUACACCCUUGACGAGGACGAAGACGACUCCAACUCGCUCUACCGCACGCCCGCCCACGCGUCGGGAACCACGACGCCCGUCGAUGAGCAGGGCUACGUCCAAGACUACGUCCCCCGCCCCAAGAAGUACCGCGGCGGCGUCCUGUCCUACCUGCUCAAGCUCGAGAAUCAUGAACGCCUGGGAGGCGGCGGAGGAGGAAGCAAUGGUAGCAGCGGCCGUACGACGCCGGCGCUCUCGACAGUCUCCACUCCCGUCAUGUCCCCUCAAUCCUCGCCUCCGCGCUCAAGAUCUGCAUCUCGAGUUCGAGGCGCCAGACCCGGCCGUUCUAGCGGUUUGUUCAACCUCCACCGGUCCCAAGGCUCCGCCUCGUCCCUGACCCUCACUGAACUCAUGAAGUCGUCGACAUCCAUGUUCGCCGCCCCCGGAUCCAGCGAGAUCUCGGACCGCAUGGCUGACAGGUUUAAGCGGGAGCACCCCCCGCACAAUCACCACCACAAGCCCAAGAAGGACAAGGCCCGCAUCACCAUCCACAUCGCCGGCAUCAUCUCCCGGCACCGCUAUCUGCUCAAGCUGUGCCGCGCCCUCAUGCUGUACGGCGCCCCGACCCACCGCCUCGAGGAGUACAUGAGCAUGUCGGCUCGCGUCCUCGAGAUCGAAGGCCAGUUCCUCUACCUGCCCUCGUGCAUGAUCAUCAGCUUCGACGACAGCACCACCCACACGGCCGAGGUCAAGCUGGUCCGCGUCGCGCAGGGUGUCGACCUCGGACGCCUGCGCGACGUCCACAACAUCUACAAGGAGGUUGUGCACGACAAGCUGGGCGUCGAGGAGGCCACCAAGAAGCUCGACCUCGUCAUGUCACGCAAGCCAAAGUUUAGCGUCUGGUUCCGCGUUUUCCUCUACGGCGUCGCCUCGGCCUGCGUCGGGCCCUUUGCCUUCCAGGGCCGCUUCAUCGACAUGCCGUUUGCCUUCAUACUCGGAUCCCUCGUCGGCAUCCUGCAGCUCGUCUUCGCCCCCAGCAACGAGCUGUACGCUCACGUCUUUGAGGUGUCGGCCGCCAUGCUGACGUCGUUCCUCGCCCGCGCCUUCGGCUCCAUCGGCGACGGCGAGACCAUCUGCUUCGGCGCCCUGGCCCAGAGCGCCAUCGCCCUGAUCCUCCCCGGUUACAUGGUCCUGUGCAGCUCGCUCGAGCUCCAGAGCCACAACAUCGUCGCCGGCAGCGUGCGCAUGGUGCACGCCAUGAUCUACACCCUCUUCCUCGGCUACGGCAUCACCAUCGGCGCCUCGCUGUACGGCAUGCUCGACUCCAACGCGCCGAGCACGACGGGGUGCAAGGACCCGCUCGGCCGCGAGUGGUAUUUCCUGUUCGUGCCGGCAUUCACCCUGUGCCUGUGCCUCGUCAACCAGGCCAAGUGGAAGCAGACGCCCGUCAUGCUCGUCAUGGCCCUGGCCGGCUUCUGCACCAACAGCUACUGCAGCGAGUACUUCAAUCAGAACACCGAGAUAUCCAACAUGCUCGGCGCCCUGACGAUCGGCAUCCUGGCCAACCUGUACUCGCGUCUGGGCCGCCACGUCGAGAAUGGUUGGCUGGACCUGGUCGAGUGGUGGCAGUUCAAGGUGGCGCCGCGCCUGGCGAGGUGGCGCCGCAAGUCCGGGCACGGCGAGAAGUGGCCCCUGCCGACCGACCCCGAGUCCAGGCCCGGCUCGCCGCUCGUGGCCAAGGCACCGGUCCGCCAACCCCGCCAGGUCGGCUACUCCCUCGCCGCCGCCGCCAUGCUCCCCGCCAUCUUUGUCCAGGUGCCUAGUGGACUUGCGGCCGGGGGCUCCCUCCUCGCAGGCGUCACGUCGGCCGACGAGCUCACUAGCAAGAAUGGCAGCAGCAGUACGACGAGCAGCCUGGACGGGACGGCCUUUACGGUGCUGUUCAAGGUGAUACAGGUGGCCAUCGGUAUCAGCGUCGGCUUGUUCAUGAGCGCCCUCAUCGUCUAUCCUCUGGGUAAGAGGAGGAGUGGACUGUUUAGUUUCUAG